AUGCCUAUCACACCCAACACCAACAACCCCCACCGCCGAACUAUCCCACGACCCCCAACGCCAUCCCCCCACGGCACUUCACUCCCGAUCCAAAAUGACCCCACAAUCUACCAACAGCGAGAUUGCGGAUCGAUCCGCUUCGACACCUUCAACUCCGAGUCUCUGCUCGAAUCGGAGGCUAGGAUGCGCAGAUGGCAGGUCAGGCGCAAGACGCUGAUCUGGAAGGUCCUGCGGGCGCUAAGGAGGGCGGUGUCGCUUCGUAGGAUGGCGGAUCGUGUUUUGGGCGAUGUGGUGGUGGAGGUGGGGGAUACGUGGGGGUGCGAGAGGAGGGGUGGGACUGGGUAG